CGGCUGCCGUCAGCGUCCCUUCCCGGCGGCCGCGACCCCUCCCCGCUGACCUCACCCGCGCCGCCGCCUCGCGCAGAUAUAAGCAGCAGCCCCGCCGAGAAGCUGGCAGCCGGCGUCCCGGGUCCUGCGAGCGCUCCCCGACUCCUGACCCGCCCACUCCAGACCCCAAAACUCCGGAUCGGAGCCCAGGAUCCCGGACCAGUCCGCGGAGCUCGCGCCGGGCAGGCGCCGCGAUGUCCGGCCCUUGGUUUCUGCUUGCCAUUGUUUUGACCCUGACCCUGACCGGUGUCCCCGGCGGCCGCGCACAGCCGGAGGUGGCCCAGCAGGAGGCGGCUAUGGCCGCCGAGCAACUGGGCCUGGACGACCUCCUGCGGCAGGCGGAGCCCCUCCUCCUCCUCCGGGAAGACCUCCAGCGACUCCGAGAGAACCAGGAAGAUAGCGAAUCAGAGUCCCAGAUCUUUCAACCAUAUUGGCUCUCCAAGCGUCAGCAUCCAGGCAAAAGGGAGGAGGAGUCAGAAGAGGGAGUGGAAAAGGAAGAGGAAGGAUGGGCCGUGGGACCCCACAAACGGCAGCACACUGGCCGCCAGGAGGAGGUGGCUGCAUGGCCAGAGGAUAUAAGCCAGCAGAAGCGGCAGCACCCUGGCCGGCGCUCCUCCUGGCUUGGGUACACUUUCACCAAGAGGCAGCACCCAGGCAGACGGCUGGCAGAUCCCCAGGCCCAAAGCAGCUGGGAAGAGGAGGAGGAGGAGGGAGAUCUGAUGCCGGAGAAACGCCAGCAUCCAGGAAAGAGGGCCCUGGGAAGCCCAUGUGGGCUCUGGGGAUCCUGUGGUCAAGCCAGCCUCCUGCUGGGCCUCCUGGAUGACCUGAGCAGGGGCCAGGGGGAUGAAGAGAAGCGGCAGCACCCUGGGCGGCGAGCGGCCUAGGCCAGGGAGCCCCUGGAGGAGUGAGCCCCGUUUCUUGUAAAGUCAACUUGGGGUCUAAGAAUGUCUUGAGCCCUGUAUGCCCUACCCCUUUGUGACCCCCUUUUUCCAUCCUCCUUAGAUGCCUGACCAUACAUACCUGAGCCCCUGGUAUACAUACACAUCAAACCCCCCUGGCCUCACCCGCCUGCUUCAGGGAUGUGAGAAAGCCAGCCUAUGAGUUAAAACCUCAUAUUACUCCACUUUGCGCCACUGGCAAGGGGGCAGAUCCCAGAGUCCCUCUCACCCCCGCCCCUGCAGGCCUGCUCCCCUCCCUAGCCCUGGUUAAGAUGACCCUGCUGUGUCUUCUAAGGCAUCCCCAGAGUGCGGCAGGGUGCCUCUGGUGUGAACAGGCAGUGAGGGUGGGUGGGAUUGAAGCCAUGAUGUCCAAAUCCAGCUUGCAUCCCUUGCCCGUGUGUCAGGGUUUGCCAUGUGUAAACUUCACUCCCAGUACCCGGGUCUCCUCCUCUUCUUGGGCAUCCUUUUGUGGGUGGGAAGAGCCCUGACCCACAGCUGUGUGGGGGGAAGCAUUGUAGGUGCUGCUGUGUUGUGUGGUGGCUGUGGAAAUAAACAUGUGCAGGAAUUUGUAAACAUCACCUUGGAAGUCACGGCUUGUGUGUAACCCUCUAGGCUCCUUUCCCCAUCAAUGAUAAUAAAACCUGCAUCUGGAUAACC